CGGGGACGUGUAGAUUGAGCUGAUCUGAUGACGCGCUCAAUUCAACUACUCUCUACAGCUCCCGCAUAUUGCAGCCUUCGCGGGCGUCUGCAUCGACUUUCCGCGCAGUGAUUUUAUCUCUUUUAAAGGUUAUGUUGUCGAGACUGCGUGAAGCGUGCGAUCACGAUUCACAAGCCACUCAAGCACUCGAGGCACGGUCUCAGCCAACAUUAUCCACCGUAUUGAUUUCAUCCAGAAAUGGAUCGUCAGCUAUGGGUUGCCUGUGUGGCAAUUCUCCUGAUACUCAUUCGGCUACUCCAUCUCAGCUACGUCAAUGGCAAGCGUCGCCUUCCGCUACCACCAGGCCCAGACGGUUUGCCAUUGAUAGGGAGUGUCCUUCAAGUUCCUUUCGAUUAUCAGCACGUCACGUUUGCGAAGUGGAGGAAGCAGUAUGGAGAUAUUAUCCACGCUCGCUUCUUUCAGAAGGAUGUUAUCAUUCUUAACUCUGUUAGAAGUGCACGAGAUUUGCUGGAUAAACGGGGCCAGAAAUACUCCGACCGACCGCGUCUUGUAAUGUUCAAUGAGUUGAUGUACGUUUUCCACCCCAAUUUAUCCACGAUGCGUUACGGGGAACGUUGGCGUCAGCAUCGCGGCUGGUAUCAAACAGCGCUUCAAACUCGGAAUGCGUUGAACAGUUAUCAACCCCUGCAGGAGAAGGAGGCACGGAAGUUUUUAUCCGCCUUGACCUGCACCCCUGAUGUUUUCAUUUCGCAUAUCAGCAGGUUUGCCGGUUCCACACUGCUGCAGAUAGCUUAUGGCUAUAGCGACGACGAAUUCAUUCAUAUGGCAGACAAGGUCAACACUGAUAUCAUGGAAGUUGGAGGUGCAGGCGCAACGGUAGUGGACUUCUUCCCCAUCUUGAAAUAUCUGCCGACAUGGAUGCCAGGAACAGGAUUCAAGCGCAAAGCCUUGCAGGCCAGAGAUGCAGGCCUCAUCUCAAGAACUGUUCCAUUUGAGCGGGUUAAAAAGGACAUCGCGUCUGGAACCGCCAAACCUUCUUUCACCCGCAACCUUCUCGAGAAGAACGCCUCCGUCGACUCUGAAUCAUUCGAGUUUGAAGUCAAAGGGGCAGCCUCGGUGAUUUAUGGAGCUGGGACAGACACGACCAUCACCUCAAUCACUAUAUUCGUCCUUGCCAUGGUGCUCAACCCGGAAGUAUACAAAAAGGCGCAGGCAGAGCUGGAUGAUGUGGUUGGAAGAAAGCGGCUGCCGAAUCUCAGCGACAGAAACUCCUUGCCGUAUCUAGACUGUGUAUUGAAAGAGGUAUACCGUUGGGGCUCUCCUGUUCCUCUAGGCUUGCCACAUGGGCUAGUGGAAGACGAUGAGUACCGCGGCUACCAUAUACCCAGAGGAGCGAUGGUCUUAGCAAACAUCUGGGCGAUGGGGCGUGAUCCGGAAGUCUAUCCUGAUCCGGAGAUAUUCAGUCCAGAGCGUUACCAAAACGUCCAGCCAGACGUUGAAGAUCUGAUGGAUCCACGGAAAACGAUUUUCGGCUUCGGGAGGCGUAUCUGUCCUGGCCGUCUUCUUGCGGAUGCGAGCGUCUGGAUAGCGGCUGCAAGCAUCCUGGCAACGAUGACAAUAAGCAAGGCUCAUGAUGCCAAUGGCAACGAAAUUGUGCCGGAGGCAGCCUUCGUCUCCGGAACAGUCAUUCAUCCGAAACCCUUCCAAUGCGACAUUCGACCACGGUCUGCGGAAGCUAUGAACCUGAUCAUGACAGAGGCCCAUGAAUAAGCGGUGAGGCCCUGUGUCGAGUAAGACCUUAUUGACAUGUUCAUUACUCGUCCAUGAUGUAUGAUUAGUGAUGUUAUCAUAUCAUUUUACACUGCGAGUGAUACAUAGCUGCC